AUGCUUUCCAAACUUGUGCACAAAUUACGAUCUCAGCAAUUGCUUGUGACGGCAGAGGGCAUCAGCAGGUCCAUCGAUUUUUCCAACCCGGCCCAGUGGUAUCCCGAGACCCGGAAAAUGAAGCGAAAAAUUGUUAUGCACGUCGGCCCCACCAACUCCGGCAAGACGUACCAGCUGUUGAAGAAGCUUGAAAAAUGUCUGUCUGGGUACUACGCGGGCCCACUUCGACUCCUCGCGCGGGAAAUCUACGAGAACUUUAACGGCAGAGGCAUAAACUGUAACCUCGUCACGGGUGAGGAGGUGGUGGCCCGCGUCGAUGAUGACGGUAAGAUCAGCCAGAUCACCAGUGGUACCAUUGAAAUGGUGCCGCUUUUUAAGAAAAUGGAUCUCUGUAUCAUUGACGAAAUCCAAAUGCUCGCAGACGAUAUGAGAGGUGAGGCGUGGACCAGUGCCUUACUCGGUGUCCAGGCCAAAGAAGUCCAUGUAUGUGGAGAGGAACGUAGUGUCGACUUGGUACGACGUAUCGCCACUCUCACAGGCGACGAGAUCGAGAUCAAUCGGUAUGAGCGUCUUGGAAAGCUUGAGGUAGCAUCGCAGCCAGUGCGCGGAUUGGAGAGGCUCAAGCCGGGAGACUGUGUGAUUGCGUUCUCGAAACGGAAGAUAUUGCAGCUCAAAGUGGCAAUUGAAAAAUCCACCAAGCUCAAGGUGGCAGUCAUCUACGGGGCACUUCCUCCUGAAAUUCGAAGCGAGCAGGCCCAUGGGUUUAAUUCUGGUAAGUUUGACGUGCUUGUAGCAAGUGAUGCGGUGGGAAUGGGACUCAAUUUGGCGAUCAAGCGCAUUGUAUUUUCCACCACCCAGAAGUUCAACGGGACAUCGGUAGCCCUGCUUACCCAGUCAGCGGUGCGCCAGAUCGGUGGCCGUGCCGGCAGGUUCAGCCAUGAUAAGUCCAAGCUGGGCGGAGUAAUCACCGCCAUGAACAAGAAAGAUCUCGCGUAUAUCAAGAAACACAUGGAUGGGCCCGUCGAGGACAUUCCCAAGGCAUGUGUGUGGCCCACCAACGAGGUAUGGACAAGCUACAUCUCCAAAUUCCACCCCAAUACGCUGAUGGAGUCGAUUUUGAAGGAUAUCGACAAUGGCCCUAUCAACUCCGACAACUUCUUCCUCACAAACAUCGAGUCGAGGAUGGGCAUAAUGGAGCUCCUACUGGCCGAUGGAAUCAUGCAGCAGUUGUCGAUAGAAGACCAGUUGAAGCUUAGCAUCGCUCCCGUCAAUUUGAACAUCAAUUCGCCCUUGGUGCUAGGAACUUUGAUCAAGUAUAUUCGGAAUCUCGUGGAGACAAAGAGCAUGUCGAUUCUCACGGUUGACUUCUUGCCACUUGAGAUUCUUCGUCUGAAGCCGCUUCGGCUUUCCCCCGUGGCUGAGAGUUUACAGGUGUUGACGGUGCUCGAAGACACACAUAAAUUGGUGCUACUUUUCAUGUGGUUGGCUCAACGGUGGCCAUACUUGUUUGUGGAUGUCGAGAGUGCCCACGACUGGAAGCUGUUGAUUGAAAAGCGUAUUGGGGAGGAGUUGAGUAAUAUGAGAGAGUCCAAGCGGAUGAAGAGGUGAUGGUUUCCCCAGAGUGUCCCCCACGCGAGAUAGAGAGACGCGACCCCCACUGUAAAUAGACCUGUAAAUAAACUGCAUCGCACGUCCCCCCCCCACG